CCCCUGUUAGCAGCAGGCAUCAGACAAGUGUUGAGUAUUAAUCCCACACGCUGGUGGGAAAUGCUACUCAGCCAUUAAUUAGGCGGACGUGGGCAGAGCACACCCACCAGAUAGCCCCGGUGCUGAGAGAGCUUCCUGUCUGAGGGUGACGAUAUGGCCCCUGCCUUUGGAGAGCCCCCGUCUGAUGGAAGAGACAUUCUCUGUCCUGGGAAGCACCUCGGCCCAGGGUAAAGAGUGUUCUUGCAGGCCUGGGAAGGAGACAAGAGUGCCUCGCAACGCGUACAUUUACUAACCGUCUGUGAGGGUCCUUGGUGUCUAUACUGAGCUAUACUGAGCACGGGAGCGGGAAGCCCGUGGCUGCCUUAGGAACAAGGUACGUGGUGAUCACAAAGCAGCGUGACCGUGAGACGUGCAGGGGUCCCUGGAGAAGCAGCAUCAGGGGCUGUACCUGGAGGUCAGCUCUCUGGGUUUCCUGGGCACAUCCCACGGACAUGCAGCUUCUAGAGCUGCCACUUGAUUUUACUUUCUUAGCCUCCUAGGUCAGACUGUGCCUUUCUCUCCCUUCCGCCCCCUUCAUUACGCUGCCUUCGUACUGGGUGCUCUUGUGGCUCUUGUCUGGAGGGCACGAGCCCCCCUUCUCUUCCCCCUCAGAUUAUCUAUUUCCAAGUCAUUUGGGGGCAGAAUGGGUCUCCAGCUAAGUGGGUCUGGGGCGAAGGGAGUGAGGAGGAUGGAAGGACCAGUGAGAAUCAGAAAGCCAGCCUUGGAGGGCUUCUGGAGGAGGAGAAAGAGGCUGAUUUCAGUCAUGAGAGCCAGGCUGUGGGAGGCAUAAACGCUGGGCUCUCUGACGGGUCCGAGGGGGAGGAGGAGGCAGAGGUGGGCCUAUGCCUGGACACGUCACCUUGGGCUUUAUAAAACGGACGUGAUCAGGCCACUGCUGAGCCCGGCUCCCCUCUCUGUGGGUAUUCACCCUCCCAAGUAGCGCCUGGAGACCUCACUGAGCUCCGACCCCACCGAACAGAGCUGAGGUAGGUGCAUGGGGUGGGGUGGGGGGCAGAGGGCAUCCACACUUGGAGAAGGGUCUGUCCAGCCCCAGUGAGGAUCUCCAGGGAGGAGCAGGAAUUUCCUUCUAAGACUGACAAACCUAUCCCAGGCAGGCAAAAGGGGGUGCUGAUCUUUCCUGAUUAUCACAUUGGCCAGAUGAUUCUGGGGAUGUCUCCGUGAAUACCCUGACUCACGUUUAUGAAACCAGGACCUUGGGGAUCCCUUACCGUGGAAGGAAUAAAGAUAGUGAGUGAGCUCUGGCUGGGAUGAGAGGCCACAGAAGCAUUUGGAGGGAGCUGGGGAACCCCUCGGGGCUCAGGAGUCCAUAGGACUCCUCCAAGCAGUUCUCCCAACGUAUGGAUGGCUUCUGUGCUGGGAAAAGAACUGAGAGGAGUGUGUGUGCGCGCACGCGCGCGCGCAUUCUCACCUGGCCAGGUGGUGAUAUCAACGAGGAGGAGGUGCUACAGCUCCGGUGCUCCCGGCCCUAGCGGGACUGUGGGACAGCUCCCGCGCCCCCUGCUGGAAAUGCCUGCCUUACUCCUGUAUUCAAGCCGCCGAUCCGAGCUUCUUCAGAAACUCAGCUCCGGAGCGCCCCCUGUGGCAAAGCCGCCGCCCUGCUCCGGGAUGAGCUCCAAGGGCUCCCCCAGCUCCCUGGGUACCCACACCCCCCCUAUCAUUUCUGGUGUCAUUUUGAAAUGGUCGGCUAAGAGGACUCAAUUUCUUAAGCUAGAUCUUGGGGAGGGGCUGGAAACGAGCAACCCUGUGUCUUAGCACACCUGUGACCACCACCCCCCAGCACCUAGAAGAGCGCCCAGCUGGUGCUGUGAUGAGGAAUGAUCUCUGCACUAACGUGGACUGGGCACACGCACAGCCUAAAGCGAUAAAAGAAAUGGGUUUACACUGCUCUAAUGAUCUGAUCCUGCCUCUUUAGAGCACGUGGAGAAAGCCUUGUCUGGCUUUCAGAGCAUCCCAGAAUCAAAGUCCGUAAGGAAAGGCAACCGAAGGGAUAGUCGGUGACCAGCCUGAUGCAAUGCUCUUUUUAACAGAGAAGCAGUAUGGUCCAGAGAUGGGAAUAACUUGCUCACGCCCCACAGGGAGUGGGGCAGAGCUGGGGCCAGGCUUCAUGUUCUAGAUCCCACUUCAGCAGUCUUCCUCUCUGCCCCGUGCCCAGGUCCUGGAGAGGAAUGGGGGGUGGGGCAAGAUCAAAAGUAUGGACAGGGCUGAGCAGACCAUUAGCAGCCCUGGGCACCUGUGAUAGUACCGCCCCUCCCACUCGCCACGCCCCCCAGACCACUGAGGCUCCAGUCAACACCCUUUUUGUCAGCCUUUGGACCUGCCUCCCCAUCAGUUUGUCUUUACUCAUGUUAUGUUUGUUGGACAAUCUCAGUGCCGGAUGACUUUUUCUUUUUUUUAAUAUUUUAUUUGACAGACAGAGAUUACAAGUAGGCAGAGAGGCAGGCAGAGAGAGAGAGGAGGAAGCAGGCUCCCCACUGAACAGAGAGACCGAUGCGGGGCUCGAUCCCAGGACCCUGGGAUCAUGACCUGAGCCGAAGGCAGAGGCUUUAACCCACUGAGCCACCCAGGCGCCCCCGAUGACUUUUUCAAAGGCAGCUCAACCUGAGAGCUGGAAGGGCUGGGGUGGGGGCGGGGCCUGAGAGGGAAGGUAAAAGGGACCUAGUGAGGGCUGGGUUCGCAGCUCCCAUCUGAGCGGCCAAAAUCACGAGGUCAGUUCAAUUCCUAUCAUCUUGGAGCCCAUGAAGAAUAGAAUAAGAAGACAAUUGACCUGCUGAAUCAGGGAAAGUUUUUUCUCUUCCUUGUAUUAUGGACAAUAAGACAAUUUAGUGACAGUCCUCAAGGCUUAUGUGAAGGGCUAGGAGGGAGAACAAGAUGAUUUCCUCUUUCUUCCUUUUUUCUUGAAAAAUGAAAGGAAUGGAGCCUCUUGCAGCAGGAGGGAGCUGGGCCAGGUUCUGGAAAGUGCAAUCUCACAGGAGAGUUGGGCACAGGAAGUCCAGGAUGUAUCCAGAGCCCUGCACAGAGCUCCCAGGCUCCAGAAAAUGUCUGGACCUCAGCGCGCUCCACUCAGUGGAGCUCCUUGCCUUGCUUGACUUCAUCGCUCCCUCCUCACCCCUACACACUGCCCCCUCACUCUCGGGCUCUCCUCUUCGCUUCACGUUGGGCUCUGUCCCCAACACCCAGCCCACAAAACCAUGCACCUGGCUUAGUCCCCUCCCCCUUCCUCUGUCUCAGCCUCAGGACACUGACAGGACCUGGGCCUCCUCACCACGAUGAACUCACUGGUCUCUUGGCAGCUGAUGCUUUUCCUCUGUGCCACUGUCUUCAGAGAAACAUUUGAAAAGGAGGCACCCAUGGAGAACCCUGGACUGACAGGCCAUCGGCUCGGACCCCAGGCCCUCCUGGCCCCGUGGGAGCAGAGCCAGCGGUGUGCGGAGAGGAAGGCAGCCGGGGCUCAGUCCAGCCCGCGGGCGGCUUCGCUGUGCCCGCCUCCCGAGAGCCCCGCGGGGCCCCAGCGGCGGGGCCUGUGCGCCCCCCGCAGCCGCCUGAUCCCCGCCCCCCGGGGCUCAGUGCUGGUGCAGCGGGAAAAGGAUCUGUCCGCCUACAACUGGAACUCCUUCGGCCUGCGCUACGGCAAGCGGCAGACUGCGCCCCCCGCGAAACUGGGCGGGGGCGCCUGGCGUGGCUGAGCGCGGGGUGCAGGUGGAGGGGCCGUGAACUUCAAACCCGGCCUAGGGAACCGGGCUUGCGGGGUUGGUGGGCAGGUAGAGCAGUGGGAAGGGGACUGGAGUUUCCGUCCGGAAGUAAUAAAGGGAA